GGAAAGGAUGGGAUGGAUGGGUGGGUUUUAGUGGUUUUCUCAACGUUCAUCUUCUUGCUCCCUCCCACUGUUGCAUCGUUGCUCUCCUUUCGUCUUCAUCUCUGCUCAGCUCAGGUCGGAGAGUACCAAGACAGCGCAGCACGAGAAUAUACAGACAGUCACUCUCUCUAUCUCCAAGUCGUUACUCUCGUUCUGUCGCCAGCAAGUCGUUGAAUUCUCUCACCAAGCUACUAUCUAUCUCCUCACCCACCACUACCUCACUCACCUCACCCAUCAACACCACCAUCUCCCUAACCAUGGGCCUCAUCGACCGCAUCCAAGCCAAGCUCGAGCUCUUCCGCCUCGAGCAGCGCUACACCAACCGCAAGAACCGGCGCACAGCAUUCAGCUCCGACGCUAUCUACGUCGACGGCGAGUACGUCUACGCCUCCUCCAACAACACCGGCUCCAGCAACCGCAGCGAGCAGAGCAUGGGCAGCGCGGCCAGCCGCUCCACUACCGCCAGCACCGCCUUUGACGCCGCCAGCGCCAGCGCGAAGGCCGCGAAGCGUCGCUCCAUGAUGGCGUUCUCGGGUGAGAGCGCGGCGGAUAUAGAGACGAGGGUUGAGGCGGGGAAUGACAUGGGGGCGCCACAGAGGAGGUGGAGCAGGAAUUGGGGGAAGGGGAAUAGGGCGGAGGAGAAGAGGAGGAGUAUGGCUGUUGUGAGGGAGGCCAGGUGGGAAGAUGGACAGUGAGAGACGAGUGUAUGUUAGGGCCGGAUUACGCGUUAUGACUUAUGAUGAAGGGGGACCUAUCUCACGAUUUUUUGUAUAUGGUAGGGGUGAGAGCUUGGAUGCCUCUUCUUGGACGCUUCUUGUCCGUUUCGUUUGUAUCUCUUAGGGAUUUGGAGUAUUUAUGGGGGAGCCGGCUAAUAGGCCUGGGUGAGAGGAGUAUCAAUACAAAAGCGAUUACUCUGCAGCCGUGUUUUGUCACGAG